GAGGCUCGAACUAUCUUGGAAUCUGCUCAACGUGAUGCUGCCGAAGGAAGUGAUUUGUCGAGAGCUGAAGCCUCCAUUAGGGUCGAGGUUGCCGAAGCUCUGCUCAAGGCUGCUUCUGGCCAACAGUAAAGAGGAGGUUAACUGUUAGGC